AUGUCCGCUCAAGCAACCCUCUUCACCAAUGGCCGCAUUUUUCUCUCCGGAGUAAACCCCGGCACCAACGCCGGUCUCACCCGGUCCCCAACAUUUGCCGACUGCAUGCUCGUCCGUGGUGACAAGAUUGAACAUGUCGGCUCAUCUUCAGAUGAGGUCAUCAGCACGGCUCUUGCCUCCAGAUCAGUAACCACCCAUGACCUCCAAGGAAAAACCGUUCUCCCUGGAUUCGUUGAUGGGCAUCUUCAUCUCAUGCUCCUUGGUCAAGCUCUCAACAAGCUUGACCUGGUGAGAUGCAAAGACCUCGAAGAAAUCCGUUCAACCAUCAGAGAAUAUGCUGCCGCCAACCCAGACAUGCCUCGCAUCUUAUGCAGAGGAUACAUGCACAUUCAACUUCCCAACGGAGCCACAGCCGCUGACCUGGACGACCUCGACGAGCUCAACCGUCCCAUCCUCAUCGACUCCAAAGACCUUCACUCAACCUGGUGCAACACAGCCGGCAUCAAAGAACUCGGCGCAGAAAACUGGGCCGACGUCCCAGGCGGCGUCAUCAAAAGGAACUCCAACGGCAAGCUCACCGGCGUCUUCGCCGAAGCAGCCAACAUCACUUACGUUUGGCCCUAUCUCGCCAGCGUAGCCUCCAUGGAAGAGCGUACAGCCGCCAUCCGCUCCGCCGUCACAGCCUACCACGAAGCAGGCUACACCGGCAUGAUCGACAUGGCCAUGGACGAAGGCGCCUGGGAAGCCAUCCAAGCCCUCAUCGCAACCGACGGCUCCAUCCCCAUCCGCCUCGCCUGCUACUGGCUCGUCAAGCCCCUCCCAACCGAAGCCGAAACCCUCGCCCAAGUCGACCGCGCCAUCGAGCUCGCCUCCCAGUUCAACGCCUCCACCGCCCCCGACUGCCGCAUCGUCGGCAUCAAGGUAAUCUGCGACGGCAUCAUCGACGCCUGCACCGCCGGCCUCUCCCAGCCCUACGAGCACAACUCCCACUUCGAAGUCCCCCUCUGGACCCACGCCCAGCUCGAACCAGUCGUCAAACGCGCCAACGCCGCCGGCCUCCAAAUCGCCCUCCACGCCAUCGGCGACGCAACCAUCAAGAUGGUAGUCGACAUCCUCUCCGCCCACGCCAACCCAGACAACCGCCCCCGAGUAGAGCACAUCGAGCUCGCCAGCGCAGAAGACGCCGCCCGCCUGGGCCAAAACCGCAUCACAGCCUCCAUCCAGCCCGUCCACGCCGACCCAGCCAUCCUCAAAGCCUGGCCCAAACUCCUCGGCCAGCACCGCUGCGGUAGAGCCUUUGCCUACCGCGAAUUCGCCGACCACGGCGCGCCCCUCGCUCUGGGAAGCGACGCCCCUACCGCACCUCACGCCCCGCUUGGAAACGUCUAUGUGGCCACCACCCGCAAAUCAUACCGCGAGCCGGAGCUCGAAACAGCCGUCAACCCUCAUUUUGCCCUCGGACUGUGCGAGUCUGUCGCCGCGGCUACGGAAGGGGCAGCCUACAGUUGCUUUGACGACCACAGAAUAGGCUCGUUGAAGAAGGGUCACAAAGCUGACUUUGUCGUCGUGGACAUGGAGUGGGAAAAUGAGAAGCUGAUGCAGUCCAAGAUUACAGAGACGUGGUACGACGGGAACAAGGUGUUUUCGGCUUGA